CUGCUCGGCUGGGUGGUGCCGAAUUCCUCCAUCACUCUCCCAAAGAUGCUGGAAAACUUCAUUGCCAAGAACAAAACCAUUUCCCAGAAAGGAUGCAUCACUCAGAUCUUUUUCUUUUCCCAGUGUGCUUGUGCUGAGGUUUUCAUCCUGUCAGCCAUGGCUUUUGACCGCUAUGUCGCCAUCUGUGACCCACUGCAUUAUUCAACUAUUAUGAAAAAAACUGUCUGCAGACAGCUGGUGGGUGGAUCCUGGUCAAUGGGUUUCUUAUACGCGAUGGUGAAUGUAUUGCCAUUGGUGAAUGCCCAGUUUUGCGGAAGCAAUAUAAUCAAUCACUUUAGCUGUGAACUUCCAUCCCUCUUGCCGUUGUCUUGCAGCGACCAUCUCAGCAAUUAUAUUGUGCUUCUCAUCAGUGAAGUAGUAUUUGGGUUAAGCUCAUUCCUCCUCACCCUUGUCUCUUACAUUCACAUAAUCUCCACCAUCCUGAAAAUUCACACAGCAGAAGGCAGAAAUAAAGCCUUCUCCACCUGCAGUUCCCACCUCAUUGUGGUUGGCUUAUUUUACUCUGCAGCUUUUUUUGGGUACAUGAAGCCCAGUUCUGAUUCUUUUAUAGAACUGGACAAAGUGGUGUCGAUCCAGUAUAGCAUCUUAACGCCCCUGUUAAAUCCUAUCAUAUAUAGCCUGAAAAACAAUGAAAUUAAAAUGGCUUUAGGGAAAAGAUUUGGAAACUUUAGGUUUUUAAAAUAA